AUGAGCAAGGCUCGCUCAUCCCGCCUGGGCCUCACCCCUGGUGGCUUCGCUGUCCUUGUUAACAAGCAUAAGCCAUGGAUUGAAACAACCUAUCAUGGUAUAGUUACAGAAAAUGACAACACGGUGCUCUUGGACCCUCCUCUAAUAGCCCUGGACAAGGAUGCACCUCUGCGUUUUGCAGAGAGUUUUGAGGUGACAGUCACCAAAGAAGGUGAGAUUUGUGGAUUUAAAAUUCACGGGCAGAAUGUUCCCUUUGAAGCAGUGGUAGUGGAUAAAUCCACUGGUGAGGGAAUCAUACGCUCUAAAGAGAAGCUGGACUGUGAACUGCAGAAGGAUUACACCUUCACCAUCCAGGCCUAUGACUGCGGGAAAGGACCAGAUGGAGCCAAUGCAAAAAAAUCCCACAAAGCAACAGUUCAUAUUCAGGUGAAUGAUGUUAAUGAGUAUGCUCCUGUGUUCAAAGAGAAGUCCUAUAAGGCAACAGUAAUUGAAGGGAAGAGGUAUGACAACAUCCUGAAAGUGGAAGCAGUGGAUGCAGAUUGUUCACCUCAGUUCAGCCAGAUUUGCAGUUACGAAAUUGUAACUCCGGAUGUACCUUUUGCUAUUGACAAAGAUGGUUAUAUAAAAAACACAGAAAAAUUAAACUAUGGUAAAGAACAUCAGUAUAAACUGACAGUAACGGCGUAUGACUGUGGGAAGAAGAGAGCUGCUGAGGAUGUCUUGGUUAAAAUUAGCAUUAAGCCUACGUGCAAGCCUGGCUGGCAAGGUUGGAGCAAAAGAAUUGAAUAUGAGCCUGGAACUGGUUCCUUAGCUCUCUUCCCUGGGAUGCGUUUGGAAACCUGUGAUGAGCCAAUAACCUCCAUUGAAGCAACAGUUGAACUGGAAACCAACCAUAUUGGUAAAGGCUGUGAUAGAGACACCUACUCUGAGAAAUCCAUUCACAGACUCUGUGGUGCUUCUUCUGGCACAAUUGAGCUGCUUCCCCCUCCAAGUAGUGCUGCUAACUGGACAAUAGGACUUCCUACUGAUAAUGGUCAUGACAGUGACCAAGUCUUUGAAUUUAAUGGCACACAAGCUGUGAAGAUUCCAGAUGGUGUUGUCACAGUCAAUCUGAAAGAGCCCUUCAUGAUUUCAGUAUGGAUGAGACAUGGGCCUGGGACCAAAGAGAAAGAGACAAUUCUGUGCAAUUCAGACAAGACAGAUAUGAACCGGCACCACUACACGCUCUACAUCCACAACUGCCGGCUGGUUUUCCUCUUCCGCCAAGACCCUUCAGAGGGAAAAACAUACAAACCUGCUGAGUUUCACUGGAAACUUAAUCAAGUGUGUGACAAGGAGUGGCAUCACUAUGUCCUCAAUGUGGAAUUCCCUACAGUGACUCUGUAUGUAGAUGGGGUUUCCUAUGAUCCUUUCCCAGUGACUGAGGAUUACCCACUCCAUCCUUCAAAGAUAGAAACACAGCUGGUAGUUGGAGCAUGUUGGCAAGAAUAUACAGGAAAUGAAAAUGACAAUGAAACUGUGCCUGAGACCUCUGCAGGUGGUGAACUCCAGAUGGCUCAGUUUUUCCGAGGCAAUCUGGCAGGUUUGAUGAUUCGUUCUGGAAAACUGGAAAACAAGAAGGUGAUAGAUUGUCUGUACACCUGCAAGGAGGGACUGGAUCUGCAAAUGGCUGAUGGUGUUGGCAAAGGAGUGAAGAUCCACAUGAACCCAAGUCAAUCAACACUGACUUUGGAAGGGGAUGAUAUUGACAGGGUUGACAAGGCCAUGCAGCACAUUUCCUACCUGAACUCCCGGCAGUUCCCAACACCUGGGAUUCGGAGGCUUAAAAUCACCAGUGUGGUCAAGUGUUUCAACGAAGAGGCCUGUGUCUCCAUUCCUUCUGUGGAGGGGUAUGUCAUGGUCUUGCAACCAGAGGAACCAAAGAUCAGCCUCAGUGGCAUCAACCAUUUUGCCCGCUCAGCUUCAGAGUUUGAGAGUCCCGAGGGUGUUGCCCUCUUCCCUGAGCUUCGCAUCAUCAGCACUAUCACCCGGGAGGUGGAGCCAGAGGGGGAUGGAGAUGAGGAUCCCACAGUCCAAGAGUCUUUGGUGUCUGAAGAGAUCAUGCAUAACCUGGACACAUGUGAGGUGACAGUGCUUGGAGAGGAACUCAAUCAGGAACAAGAAAGCCUGGAGAUUGACAUGACACGGUUACAGCAGAAGGGCAUCGAGAUGAGCAGCUCCAACCUGGGCAUGAUAAUCACAGGGGUUGACACUAUGGCUAGUUAUGAAGAAGUUUUGCAUUUGAUACACAAAAGAAACUGGCACACGCCUGGUGCUGCCAUCUUUGACAGGAAGUUCAAAUUAGUCUGUUCUGAGCUUAAUGGACGUUACGUCAGCAACGAGUUUAAAGUGGAGGUGAAUGUGAUCCACACAGCUAACCCAGCUGAACACGCAAACCACAUCGCUGCACAGCCACAGUUUGUUCACCCCGUGCACCACACGUUUGUUGAUCUCUCUGGGCACAACUUGGCCAACCCUCACCCCUUCUCAGUUGUUCCAAGUACAGCUACUGUUGUGAUUGUUGUUUGUGUCAGUUUCCUGGUUUUUAUGAUUAUUCUGGGAGUGUUCCGAAUCCGAGCAGCGCAUCAGAGAACGAUGCGUGACCAGGACACUGGGAAGGAAAACGAGAUGGACUGGGAUGACUCUGCUUUGACCAUCACUGUGAACCCCAUGGAGACUUAUGAGGAUCAACAUAGCAGUGAGGAGGAAGAGGAGGAAGAGGAAGAAGAAAGUGAGGAUGGAGAAGAAGAUGACAUCACAAGUGCAGAGUCUGAAAGUAGCGAGGAAGAAGAGGGAGAGCAGGAGGAGGACCAACAGAAUGUUAACAGACAGCAACAGCUGGAAUGGGAUGACUCUACCCUCAGUUAUUGAUUCUAGCUGUUCCCUUUGUCUUGUUUCUGCUCUAGAAGACUCCACUGUCGCACACUCCAUUGUUACCAAAGGAUUCAUGGUGUUUAAAAAAAAAAUAAUCAAAAAAAAAAGAGUCAUUCUGGCCAGUAGGUUGAACCCACAGCCACCCUGUUUUUGUGUUUGUCAGCUAGUUCUGAUGCUGUCUCUAGAGCUGUAGUUAGCACCUCUUUUCUUUCAGCCAUGCCUCAGUGACUGGAUAUAUUUUUUUUUAUGCUCUGUGAGGACCCACCUUGCACUUUUAUCUUCAUGUCAUCUCAGCUCAGUGACUCUACAGAUCUGUAGCCAUUGCACAUGAAUUUCUGAACUGUCUUUUUUUUUUUUUUCUCAGUGAAACAAACCUGGCUUUGUUCCUUCUUCUCUUUCUAAAAGAUGCAAAGAUUGCUUGUUGACAAAGGGUCAAGCUGCUCAUUUCAACCUGUUGAUUUAACUUUUUUUUCCCCCCAAAUUAGUGCAUGUGUAAAGUGGCAGAAUGAGGUUAAUAUGUAGAAGAUUAACAGACUUUUUAAUAUUUUGUAAAUAUAUUGGAAUUAUGUAAUUAUGUCAUUUGUGGUAGU